AUGCUUAUCGGCGACGAAGAGACGCGUCCCACUCCCACUCCCACUUAUCACAAGCUCAUUGGGUCCGUGGGCAAACCCCCUUCCAGCUCCACACCUGAAAAAUCUGAAGUGACAACGCCCUCCCUCGAGGACGCCGUCGAACAUGCCAAACGCGCGUUCGCCUUGCGAAAAUACGAGCAAGCAGUGGACCACUAUGCUACUGCGCUCGAGCUAAUGACAACAAAAUAUGGCGAGAACGCACCAGAGACAGCUGACCUUUACUUUUCGUACGGGAAGGCUCUUUUAGAGAAUGCCAUUUCGCAAACUUCAGUGUUGGGCAAGGAGCAAACAGAUGAAGCUGUGCAAGCUGCAGUAGAAGAAUCUGCCAAAUUGGAGCUAAGCCGUAACAAGUUCCUGUCGUUUUCGGGCGAUGCAGACGAUGCAGACGACUCGUUAGCCGAGAGCAAGGAAGAUGUCGCUGUAGAUCUCUUCGCAGAAGCUCAGAAAGUAGACGAUGAUGAAGAUGACGAGGAUGACGAGGAAGACAACGACGUGGAGCCAGAAGACGACUUCAACGCAGCAUGGGAAGUACUCGACCUCGCACGCGCGAUCUACGAAAAGCAGCAGGACGACAAUGACGAAGUCAAACUGAGGCUGGCAGACACCUUCAUUGCCCUCGGCGACGUGUCGUUAGAGACAGAGAAGUUUGACCAGGCAAUCACGGACUACAGCGCUGCCCUCACAAUCAAAGUUGAACUCCUCCCCCAGUCUUCUCGCCAAAUAGCUGAGGCACAUUAUAAACUCAGCAUCGUUCUCGAUCUUACUUCCGGAAGACUGGGUGAUGCGAUCACUCAUGCAGAGCAGGCGUUGGAGAGCGUCGAGGCACGCCUAGCGGAGCUCCGGGAUGCGCUCAGUGGGCAAGGGCUGGUCAGAGUGGACGUACCGCAGCCAGAUGUGAACGGCAAGGGCAAGGGUAAAGCAUCAGGGCCUCGGUUGCUUGGAGCGGACGCGGUCUCGAAAAUGAGUAAGAGCGAUAUGGAAGCCGAGGUUAAGGAGCUGAGAGGUCUGAAAGAUGAUUUGGCUCUCAAGGUUGAAGAACUUAAGACAUCGCCUGAAGAAGUUGAAUCUGCUCCUGCCAUGGCUGCCAAAGCGCUCGAUGCAGAGCUGAACACUAAUGUGCCCGCGGCGGCUGUAGCUGCCCCGCAAACAGUGACCGACCUUACCUCAAUGGUAAAGAAGAAGAAGAAAGACCCUGAAGCGACCGGUGCCAUGAAGCGGAAAGCCGAAGACGAACCUUCUCUCUCAGAAAAGAAGGCAAAAAUAGAAGAUCCAGCACCAUGA